ACCUGGCGUUCAUGGGCCACGACCCUCUGCAAAGAUCCGCCUGAACACUGCAGCGGAGCACGUUCAAAAAUCAAAACCAUGUGUCGGUGCUCUCGGUCUCGGCAACCUCCCCAUUCCACAACCGUCCCCGAGAACGACCUCACAUAGUCACGUUUCCGUCUUCCGAAGCAGCACGUCCGCUCGCCUCCGAGAACCCACCACCUCGCCGCCCGCCACCAGCCCACCACCAUGGUGCUCGAGGCGACCAUGAUCUGCGUGGACAACUCGGAGUGGAUGAGGAAUGGGGACUAUCCCCCAUCGCGGUUCGCGGCGCAGGCCCACGCCUUCGCCGUCCUCUCCGGCGCCAAGACGGAGGCGAACCUGGAGAGCACGGUGGGGCUGGUGGCCAUGGCGGGCAAGGGCGUCAGCGUGCUCGUCCCGCCAACCAACGACUUCGGCAAGGUCCUGUCAGGCAUGAACGGGCUGGAAAUUGGUGGUGAAGCAAACUUGACUGCUGCGAUCCAGGUCGCUCAAUUUGCACUCAAGAAUCGGCAGAACAAGCAGCUGCGGCAGAGAAUAAUUGUUUUUGUUGGCAGCCCAGUAAUAGAUGAGAAGAACUGGCUAGAAGUGAUAGGGAAAAAUCUGAAGAAGAACAACGUUGCUCUUGAUGUUGUUAACUUCGGUGAAUCUGAUAACGAAAAGCCUGAGAAACUAGAAGCUCUUGUUGCUGCAGUCAAUAGUGGUGGCAACAGUCAUAUAAUUCAUAUCCCUGCAGGACGUGACCUUUCUGAUGCCCUAUUCAGUUCACCAAUAAUAUUAUCGGAAGACCGAGGAAGUGAUUCUGCUGCUGCUGCUCGUGGAGCAUCGGGUUUUGAAUUUGACGUGGACCCAAACGUGGACCCAGAGCUGGCGCUAGUACUUCUGAUCUCUAUGGAAGAAGAGAGAUUAAGGCAAGAAGCUGCUGCAAAAAAGGCCAGGGAAGAAUCGUCGAAAACUGAGAAUGAAGGCCAAUCUUCAACCUCCAAUGGUGACAUUGUUAUGGCUGACGCAGAACCUGAACCAAAUUCAUAUACUGAAGAUAAAGGACUUCAUUGUAAGGAUGAGGGCCAGCUAUUGGAAAAAGCUCGUAAAAUCCGUAUAGAAGAUUAUAUUAGCUUUGAAGAACUGUUUGAUGGUGUCACAAGUGAUACGAUGUCAGCUUUUCAGGAAGAAGAAACUUGCACUCAGUCUGAUGCGGGUAAAGAUUUUGGCCAUCAACCAUUUGAGCCAUCACUUUCUGAUGUUGAAUUACUUAACGAUCUAUCUAACAAGGUUGCGUUAGAGUGGGAGGAACUAUUCAUUGACCCAAGCAAGGGCCACAAGGUUUUUAUUUUGCCUCGCUCGAUGAAAAAGGAUAUUUGUUCUCUUGCUGAAGUCUAUUAAAUUUGGACUGCCAAAGAAGCGACACAAGAAGUAUAAAAGGCGUCAUCAUCAGAAGAAACCAAAAAAGAAGCGUGAGAAGAAGGAAGACGAGGCUGAGGGGGACAAACUGUAAGUACCCGACGUCCGACGAUCGCCUGGACUUCUCCAUUCUUGGUAUAUUGUGAAAUGGAAGUGAGAAAAAGUGGUGGUAGCUUUAGUGGUAGCUUUAGUGUCAGCUUAGACUUGAUAUUCUCAAAAAUUGGUCAAAAGGGAUAUUGUGUUUGUGAAUCUGAGUGUUUGUUGAGGGACUAAGAGUUUCAGUAUAGCCAAUGAUUGGGAGGAGAUGGUGGUCUCUGUUUGCACCGAAGCGAUUAUAUUACAUUGUUGUACACCAUGUAUCUCUCUGCACAGUCGUUCUAAUCAUUCUAGAGAAGGCUGCCGCAUAGGCAGAAGCA